AUGAAAGGUAAUAAUUUGAGAAACACUUUGACAUGGCCAAGUGUGCAGUACAACCGUCUGACUGAGGCAAUGAGAACGUACAUCAUGUUGAUUGAUAUAGAGAAAAGAGAGAAUUGUGCUUGUAUAUCUGCACUCUUGGCGUUCAUCACAUUAAGCUUUAUCAUCCGUGUUAUCUUCAAGAGGUUUAAGAAGUAUCUAGCUCGAGAUCUUGGAAAGCAAACAGCUUACAUCGAACUAAAGCCAAUCGAAGAUAACAGGUUAAGAGGCAAUAAGAAAGGCAAUGAAAACUCGCUAAGGAAAGUGCAUGAUGACCUUCCUAUUUCUCGAAUAUUGGUAGUCCUCGCUCUCCUGGCCGCCGUGGCCACCGCCGUCCCAGUUUAUGAUGGUUCACAGGCUCGCUUCGACUCCGGCGAGGUGGUGGCCAUCCUGAGGGACGACCGCGUGAUCGAGGACGACGGAAGGUACAACUUCGACAUGGAGGCUGGCAACGGCAUCGUCAUGUCUGAGUCUGGCUCUCCCGGUCUGGAGGGUGCCAUCGUCAGUGCCGGUUCCUACUCAUACACCGCUCCUGACGGCACCCCCGUUGUCGUCAAGUACGUGGCUGACGAGAACGGCUUCCAGCCCCAGUCCGACCUCCUGCCCGUGGCCCCCGAGUUCCCCCACCCGAUCCCUCAGUUCGUCCUCGACCAGAUCGCCUUCGCCGCUGAGGAGGACGCCGCCCGCGCCCGCGGUGAGCUCAGGGGCGCCAGCCAACCCUCUAGUAGAUAUGGAGCUCCCUAGAUGUCCUGAUUUAUGAUAUGGGGAUACAA